GUCUGGACUUGUACUCUGACUUGCACUAACUCGCCGCCUGGUUACCGCUGAGGGGAGCAACAUUCUGGCGUAUAUACAUAUACAGUCACAUUGACUGCAGCACAGUUCGGUUUCAGUGUUUCACACACAGCUGUCAUUCCAGUUGACUCAACUGUUUGACAAUCUUCUUGUUUCAUCCCUUCUCAUUAAAUCUCGUCAUAUUUCAGAUUUGUUGGAAAUCUCAGAACAAUCCAAGGGAAAAUGAUGAAUGGGACAAUGACCAAGGAAAACAGCUUUGUCAAAAACAGAGCCAAGCUGUUUUCGUGCAAGAGUGAAGAAGAACCUCAGAAUGAAGUGAGCAUCAACAGUAGCAACAACAAGAAAACACCCUCGUACGUCAGUCUAUCGUGUGCCGUUUCUGGUUACAGCGGUCUGAAUCGCUACGAUUCUCGAAUCCGUUCAAGAGACAACAGUCGGGACGGUAACAGAUUGCCAUUGUGCUUAACCAAAAGCCGAGAUUCUAGCCCCACCCGAACGAGUAGACACGAUUUAAAGACCAGAAAAUCUUCAGGAGGUUUCCUAUUAACAGACAUCACGGCCACUGCUGCAACUCCAAUCGAGUAUCAGCAGCAACAACAGCAGAAUCAGCAGUGGAAUGGCAGGUCCAAAAGUGUUGAUCGAGGAUACCUACGACAGAAUUUCCUCAAUGGAUACCUCCAAUACAAGCCACCGACGAGUCCAUCUCCGUCCACCACAACAACCGCAACAAACAACGAGGAAAGAGGACGAGUGCGCAUUAGAAGUUCGACGGUGCCUCAUCAUGGAACACAACAAGACUCGAAAUCUGUGAUACAGCAGAGAAUCGAGCGGCUUUACGGACCAGCUGCUCUGGCCGGUGGCUUCUUUCUUGUCAAGUCGCCUCUGAAAACGUCAAAGGAACCAUUAAAAAGUAUUCCAAUUCAUAACAAUAACAACACUCAGGAGACUACCGAUGGUUGUGCAACGCCACCCGUUUUUCGUCACCUCAACGCCGAAUUCCGCCAACAGCUCAAGCUCAAGGACAAACGGUCGCCUGAAUCGACGAAACCUAUGGUCGCAACAGCCGAGUUGACGAUUGAAACAACAGCAGCAACUACAAUAACUAAUAACUGCACGCCGAUUACUCGGGAAUCGGUAGAAUCGACGAACGGAGAAGCCAUUCCGGUUGAUGAUGGACACAAGUUUCUCAAGAUUCUAGAUGACGAAAAAACUCGCAUUCAAAUUGUGAUAGCCAAAAACGAAUUGUAUCUUCUUGAAUCACGUGUCGAAUCUUCUGAGGAGUUGACUGGAAAAGUCAGAGCGGCUGUUGGCAAAGCGAAAUUGCUUUUGGCUCAGAAAUUCGAGCAGUUUGCUGGACUCUGUCGCAAAAAUUUGACUCAAAGUCCAGACGAGCCAUUCCCGACGACAGGCCAAGACUUAGCCGGGUUUUGGGAUAUGGUGACUAUCCAAGUAGACCACAUCGAUUUGCUGUUUGCCGAAAUCAAACAAUUGAGAGACAACAACUGGGUAGAAGUCAUACCAGAGCAGCAAGCGGCCACACCUGCGACUAAACCAUUGAAGGCCAAGAGCAAAAACAGCAACAAUUCAUCAACACCCGCUAGGUCUGCCAAGGCUCAAGAAGCUGCCAAAGCCAGGGAAGAGGCGCGAAGAAAGAUGAUGGAAGAGAGACGAAAGCUUGCCAAAGCUAAAAAGAAUGAUGACUGGGUAAUUGAAGAAAAAACGGAAACAAUCGACUUGACCUAUAGCCAACAAAUCAAUGAAGAAAUGGUAGUGUGAUGAUUUCGGCACGGCUCAACUCUUGGAGGUGUAAUGUAAUAAUGGCACCGUGAGAUCCUAACUGAACAUUCGGUACUAAAACAUUAAAAAAAAAAAGAAACACAUCAUUGUAUCAUAAUUUGUAAUAACCUUCCAGUAUUGUGUCCGUAUAUGAAUCACAGCGCCAACGCCGAUUUUCAUUGAACAAAUGCUAUGCUUACUUUAAAAUGUAUGUGGUGAUAGAUUGUGUACGGGCUAAAAAAAAAAGAGCUCGAUAUCCCCAAAUGAGCGUACUUUUGAAUUUUAGUUUCUUAUUCAUAUUAUGCAAACAAGAGAAUUCCGCUCUGUAUUGAAAACGUUGUAGGCUUUUUGAAUAUAAUUUUUAUAUUUUCA